UUAGAUUAUAAGAACAUAUUGAACAAUACCCUAAAGAUCCAUUCAACGGAAAAGCCUCAUGAAAAACAUGAAGAUCUUCCAAAAUCCUCACUUCAAAUCAUAGAUAUAACUUCCGAAUAUCGUACAAUCAGAUUCUUCAAUCCAAAAGAGUUUUGGGAGUAUCUUAAAUACAAACAGCAGGCCACCGAUAUCCCAUUGGCAAGUGCCACCUAUGAAUCGGGUCACCGGGACAAUGAGAUUGAUGCGGAGAGAAUAUGUCCCAAAAGUGGAGCUUUUAUUAAACUCCUGGUGCUAAUUACGUCGGCACGGAAGCAUGAGGCACAACGAAUGGCCAUCCGGCAGACUUGGAUGCACUACGGCAGCAGGAGGGACAUCGGCAUGGCCUUUGUACUAGGACGAGGUACUAACGCAACUGCAAAUGAACGCCUUGAUCGGGAGAAUAUGAUGUAUGCGGAUAUGAUAAGGGGCAACUUCAUAGACUCCUACUACAACCUCACCCUCAAGACGAUCUCCGCUUUGGAGUGGUCGCUGUGGCACUGUCCCCUCGCAAAGUAUAUCCUCAAGACGGACGACGACAUGUUCAUCAACAUGCCCAAGCUGAUGACAUUUAUUGACACCCUUAGUGCCAAGCGAAGGAUCUAUGGACGCAGAGCCGAGAACUGGAUGCCAGUGCGGAACAAACAGUCCAAAUAUUUUGUAUCCUACCGACAGUUUACUGCAAGAUUUUUUCCUUACUUCACCACUGGUCCUGCGUAUCUUCUCACUGGCGAUAUUGUGGGCGAAUUAUAUGCCCAAUCUCUGGCCACUGCUUACCUAAAGCUGGAGGAUGUCUUCCUGACUGGCAUCGUGGCCGACAUUUUAGGCAUCCCGCGGGUUAAUGUCAAGGAGAUAGCCAACACCAAUACGAAGGCGUGGGCCUGUCGUGUUCGUGAUAGAAUCACAAUUCACAUGGUGUCACCCAAUGAGCAGUUUGAUUUGUGGAAGAAGCUGUUGGACACUUCCAUCACGUGUACUUAGCAAGGAUAUCCAUUUUCUGUUUGUAAAAUUUUCAAAUAUUUAGUCCGGAGA